AUGAGCAAGGAGCAGCUCCAGGAGGCGAUGACGCUGUUGUCCAGACUCACGGUGGAACAGAUCCAAUCUGUCAUGCAAGUCAAUCAGGAGACUAUCAGUCUUACGAUGAUGCUCAGCAAACCAAGUCCUCCAUUAAGUGCAAAACAUGUCCAGACGGUAAAUAACCGAUGGCAACAGGAGCACCGAGUUCAUUUUCACCAGCUGGUAGCUCCCACCUUUCUAGGACACGGAGCCAACCGAGAAGUGGACAUGGCAUUGCAGUUUGGGACAGGCGCAGCGGUCUUUGAGCCUUUUGAAGCCUAUGGAGACGGUGCGAAGGCGUGGAAGGGAGUUUUGCAUAUGCACAAACUGAACAACCGAGAGCUGGGUGCCCUGGAAAGUGAGCUCCUUGACAAAUCUUCAAAGUAUCACAAAGCUAUUCUCAAAGCAUCUCAAAAGAUCGGCAUCCCCAAGACAACGGCAGACAUGAAUGCAGAUAGUUUCAUGAGGACGACAUUCGUGCGCAAUGCUGUUAACGCAGCAGGCAUUAAUAUGGCAGAAACAGCUUUGUUUGACAUCAAAACCCUCUUUGAUGCAGACUUCCGGAACUACUUCCUCAAGCUAUGCAUCAGCGGCGCAUACGCAUGGUCAGUUCCGCGGGAGGGUGGGGAGGCUGGCACCGCUGUUGGCGGUCCGAUCGGCGGGUUACUAGGACGUCUGGUCGGAGGUUUGGGUGGAGGAUUUGCAGGACGAUGGAGCGCAGGCAGAUGGUCAGGCCUCAGGGAAAUCACCGAUGCUGAGGUCGAGAAGUCAUACGAGACGAUCGUGGAAAAUUGCGCAAAGAUUGGUGUUUAUCCCGACCCUUCCUUGUCGAAGCGGGACAUUGUGGCCGGGAUGCUGGAUGAGAGCACUAGCUCAAAAGCGGUCCUUGUUCGGAUUACAGGAGCUACGGCUGCCGAUCUGAGGAACCUCAAGAAUAGUUUGUCCGACUGGCAACAGGGCAGUCCGGAAGGUUUCGAGGUCUUUCUGCAGGGUCUCCGUGAUGCAGCAACAAGCGAAUUACCCAUUUUUGCUCAACGGAGUCUUGAGGGCAAUGUGCAAGAGGACAAGGGCCCUUACUACUCACCUAUCAAAUAUAUGGUUGUAGGCCCUAACACAAGCAAGAGCAUACGAAAACUUGAUGACGCUGGGAUCAUAGUGGCCGGUUGGGGAGUAAUCAGGCGGGAGGUAUUUGAGAAAACGCUUAGUUGGCGGGCUUUGCACAGUUGCAUCGGCCCGUUGAUAUGCAUCGGUCAUAUUCACAUCGACAACAUUCCUGAAUAA